ACCUGAAGGCAGCAUUCGCUUUGAUUGACGUGUGCGUCCUGGGACAAACGUCACCAGUCGGAAAUUUUCAACCGAGUUAAGUGGAUUUUUCGGUGGCUUGUUGUUUUUGGACCCAACUUGGACAGUGUUUAGUAUUCUUCAUGUAAAUGUAGUUUUUAGCGCCUCAUGCCGGCUGGUUGUUCUCCAAGGGGAGGACCAGGGGAGGACCAGGAGGGGGACAGAAGCAGCAGCAGCAGGUGCAUGUGGAUGCCGAUAAGACUCGAGGAAAACUCCGCUUUCUCAACACGGCUUGUUUUUAAUAAUCGGCGAACAUUUGGAUAAUUUGACUUCUCGGUAAGGUCUUCAAAGCUUUCCGUCUUCGAGAAUAGCAUGUUAAUCCCAGGGGGAAAAAAAGGCAGUGUCUAGUCGCUCCGCACGCCAACAUGGUUAAAAGUCAACGCUGAAUUACCUCCACUCAUUGUUGUGAUUUCUUCCGACAUUCACGUUUUUAUGUACAAGACUAUGUUUUUGGCACCUUUUCGCGGGAACGUAACUUGGUGGAUUACGGAGUCUUGACUCUUGCGCAGACUUUUCGGGAUAACAGUGGAGGUAAAGUGAGGCAAUGGAGAACAAGAACAAGAACAAGGCGAGCAGUCAGAGCUCCUCCGCUGUCAACGGGACAGCCAGAAGCAGAGUGGAAAGUGUGGAUCCGUAUGGCUUUGAGCGCUCAGAGGACUUUGAUUAUGAGUCAUAUGAGGAACUCAUGUCCGAAUAUCUGGCUGUGCUUACACGGCGAUCCAUCAAGUGGUCCAAACUGCUGAAGGGGAAAAACAAGGUCCAGAAGAAUGUAAAAUUAAAACGUUAUGUACGUAAGGGGAUUCCCAAUGAGCACAGGGCUCUGAUCUGGAUGGCAGCCAGCGGGGCCCAAGAAAAGCUAGAGAAGAACCCAGGAUAUUACCAGUCCCUUAUAGAAGCCCAGCAUGACCGUAAACUGGUGGAGACCAUCUGCACAGACUUGAACAGAACAUUUCCAGAUAACGUCCAGUUCCGCAAGACAUCAAACCCAUGUCUACAGAAAGCUCUGUACAAUGUGCUGCUGGCUUACGGCCACCACAACCCGACUGUGGGCUACUGUCAGGGGAUGAACUUCAUAGCUGGGUAUCUACUUAUCAUCACAAAAGAUGAAGAGAAAUCAUUCUGGCUGAUGGACGCACUCCUUGGUAGAAUUUUACCAGACUACUAUAGUCCAGCCAUGCUGGGGCUUAAGACAGACCAGGAGGUGUUAGGGGAACUUGUCAAAGUCAAAAUUCCCAGAGUCUGGCAGACCAUGCUGGAUCAUAAUGUCAUGUGGACCCUGGUGGUCUCCCGAUGGUUCAUCUGCCUCUACAUAGACGUAUUACCAGUAGAGACAGUUCUGCGGAUUUGGGAUUGCCUGUUUUACGAGGGCUCUAAAAUCCUGUUCCGUGUAGCUCUGACACUCAUCCACCACAACGAGGCUCUGAUCCAACAGGCCCAGUCUCUACCAGACGUCUGCCAAAGCUUCAAGCAGAUCACCCAUGGACCAUUUGUGGAUGAAUGCCACACUUUCAUGCAGAAAAUAUUCACCGAACCAGGAAGUCUCUCCAUGGCAACCUUGACGAAGCUGCGGGAGACUUGUCGAUAUCGCAUCAUUGCAGAAGAAUCUUGAACCAAACUGCACUACCUGUCGUUAAGAUACAUUCCACUGGGAUGAGUCCCCACUAGCUAGUUUGCACCUCUUUUUUCACUGACUUGAGUCAUGCUGACAACAUACUGUAUAAUUUGUGUCUUAAAUAGAUGAUCUUACAGCUUCAGUGUAAAUAUAUGGUCAAAGAUGAAGACUAAUCUAAGCUAUGUGCUGUAUGAACUGAUGAUUCCAUUUGAGACUAACUUAAAUGUGGUAUUUUGCACUUUAAUAUGAAAGGUGAAAGACAAAGUUGAGGUCAGGUCAUAUUAACGAUGUGUUGUACACUGUAAACACAGCCAUGAGGCCUGCUGUGCCUACUGUAUUCACAUUGACAAAUUCUGACAAAUCACACUGCUGGAACCAGCUGAAUGUGAAUCAUACUGACAUGACAUUUUUCUGAGACAUUUCAAAAUCUGCUUCUUGUAGUUAUUGUGUUUUGAUAAGGUGUUUGUCAUAGUUUGUGACCUUUUCCUUAACAGAAGUGAAAGGGCCGCUCUCUUUUUGUGUCAAAGGUGUAUCAAGUUUGUUCUGUUGGGAGUAGUGAUGUCCGGUUUUGUUGCUCGGGACAAAAAUAACCGUGGCAUUGGUCCCAGCCCUGAGUAUUCCAUGUAAUGUACACCAGCUCAGAGCAAAUGCUCGUAUUUAUUUCACUCCAGGAAAAUCUACAGUGCUAAAAUGAAAUACUCAAGGAAAAAUAAACAGUACUGAACUUAAAAGAC